AUGUUUACGCUGAAUGAUGUUCGCACUGUCAAGAAGCUUGACUUGCCUGCGCAAACGCUAGUAAUGUCAGAGAUGUCCAACAAGUAUAAACAUCUGAAGGGACUGCCAGUAGAGUCUUACAAAGACGUGGUGCCACAAAUCAUUAUCGGGGUGAACAACAAGCAUGUGGCCAUGCCACUGAAGUUCAGAGAGGGAAAAAGUCACGAACCCGCUGCAACAAAAACUCGUCUGGGGUGGACAGUGUACGGAACCGUUACAGAUCAGGACCAUUAUAAAAACAACGACCUGCAGUUGCAUGUAUGUGAAUGCGACAACAACAUAGCUCUCGACAAGCUCGUGAAAGAAAGCAUGAAACUUGAAAACUUAGAACCACAUGUAGUGGCACGUAUACAUGAGAAGACUAGCCAGCAAGACAUACUAGAGAAGUGCGUUACGCGAACGGGCGAUCACUUUACAACCCGUUUAUUGUGGCGCUCUGAUAAUAUAGUAUUGCCGAACAAUUUUGAAUCCGCCAUGCGCAGACUUGUCUGUUUCGAGAAGAAGCUAAACAAAGAUGACGAUUUAAAAAAUCGAGUAAAUUCCCUAAUAAAUAGUAUGGAACAAAAGCAAUACAUCCGGAAGCUCAGCGAUAACGAAAUUAAUCAAGAUUUUAAACGUAAAUGGUAUUUGCCCAUAUUUGCGGUGAAUAAUCCAAACAAGCCCAAUAAGACGCGAGUAGUAUGGGACGCAGCAGCUGAGCACCAGGGAAGGUCUCUCAAUUGCUGCCUCGAGAAGGGACCGGAUCUACAGCGACCAUUGAUACAUGUACUGUUCAACUUUCGUAUAGGAAAAAUUGGCAUUUGUGGUGAUAUAUCCGAGAUGUUUCACAGGAUUAGUGUGCAUGAUGAGGACCAGCAUUCUCAGCGCUUUCUUUGGCGUAAUUGUGAUUCGAGUCGAGAUCCAAACACAUACGUGUUACAGGUUAUGUCAUUCGGUGCUACUUGUUCACCUUCAAUCGCCCAGUACGUUCGUAGUAGGAAUGCGAGGGAGAAUGCCGACGAGUUCCCACGAGCUGCUAAGUCAAUAACAGACAGGCAUUACGUAGAUGACAUGUUGGAUAGUGUUGAAACCGCAGAGGAGGCUGUCAAGUUAAUCAAGGACGUGAUUGAGGUGCACAAACGAGGCAACUUCCAUAUUAGAGGAUGGCUUACUAAUUCGAAUCAUGUAGCUGGCGCACUGGGAAAUGCUGGUUCAAGUGACGAUUUUUGUACCGCUGGAAAAACGAUCGACCAAGUUAUAGAGCCAGAGAAGAACAUUUGGCGAAGUGGUAUCGAUUGGGAUGACCAAAUUCCUGAAGAGUAUGUGAACGCGUGGCAGCAGUGGUUAUCUUUUUUUGAGCAGGUCAAACAAGUUCAGGUUCCCAGAUGCUAUUUCGGUAAGAUGUCAAACAAUAAUUGCAAGAUAGAAUUGCACGUAUUCGUGGACGCUAGCGAGGUGGCAACUGCAGCGGUGGCUUACUUCAGGAUUACAAGGGAAGACGAAAUUCAGGUUGCUCAUGUUAGCUCAAGGACUAAGGUAGCACCCUUGCGACCUAUCUCAAUUCCCCGCAUGGAACUACUCGCCGCCGUACUGGGAUCCCGUCUUGCUACUGAAAUCACUAAGGGUCAUGACUUCAAGAUUCAUAAAGCGUAUUUUUAUACUGAUUCGAGAACAGUGCUUACAUGGCUGAAAUCAGACCCACGAAAGUACAAACAAUUUGUUAUGUUUAGAGUCGCUGAAAUUCAAGAGCAUACAAACGUUACAGAAUGGAGCUACAUCCCAUCAAAAUUAAAUGUAGCAGAUGCUGCCACGAAGUGGAAGAGUACCACAGAGUUUAGCCCAACCAGUACUUGGUUCUCUGGGCCAGAAUUUCUACGUUCGCCGCGUGUAAAAUGGCCUAAAUACAAUUAUGAUAUUGACAUGGAACAUUUCAAAGAUGCUGAUUUAAAGCCGCACGUAGAGUAUAUUGGCGCUCAUAUAGAGAGUCAACCACUCAUUGAUCCAACUCGUUUUUCGAAGUGGGAACGUCUUGAGAGGUGCAUGGCGUACGUUAAACGUUUUGCAGAUAAAUGUAAAGACAAGAUACGAGGAUUAACCAGCUCGGAGGUAGGAUCCGAAAGCUUAACCACCGAGGAACUAUACUGGAGUCAAUGCCACCUUUAUCGGCUCGCGCAGGCCGAUGCAUAUUUUGAAGAGUUUAAGUUGCUUAAGGGUGACCCAGGUUGCAACUUGCCAAAACAUUGUGUUUUACGAAAGCUGACACCAUUUGUUGACGAAAACAACCUUAUACGUCGAUGUGGUCGCCUAGAGAAUGCACCAAUUAAGGAUGCAGUCAAAAAUCCGAUAAUAUUACCCAAGAACCACAAAAUUACACAACUGAUUAUUGAAUGGUAUCAUCGUAAAUAUAGGCAUGUCCACCACGAGACUGUAAUCAACGAAAUGUUUCAGCGGUUUUAUAUACCAAGCUUGCGUCGUGCAUUACGCACAGUGCGUCACAAUUGUCAAUACUUUUUAAAUCGGUAUGAAGCCAAUGAUGUGAAUAAAGUUCUGGAAGUCAUCAAUUUACGAAUGUGUCCUAAUUACAUCAAAUCGAACUAG